AUGGCCGGAGGGGACGCGGUCAAUGGCCAAUCAGCGAGCCGGGAAUUCCCGCUGCUUUUCGUCCUCAGCGAAUUCAGCCAACUUCAACCUCUUCAAUCCCUCCGUUCGACUCCCCACCUCAUUGUCAGCACAACUCCUUCACAAUGGCCGGCGUCCAUCAUUCGUAAGAAUGCGGUCUUCCUGACCACCAUCUUCGCCGGUGCCUUCGCCUUCGAGCUCUCCUUCGACACCUUCUCCAACAAGGUUUGGGAUUCCUGGAACGCCGGUCGCCAAUGGAAGGACAUCAAGCCCCGUUACCUGGUCCAGGCCGAGGAGGAGGAUGAUGAUUAA